UUUGGUCCCGCAUGACAGAAUCACGGCGGAGAAACGACUGAUCCAUGUUUCCGCGUGCCGGGUUUUCUCUCCGUCCGCCUUACUCCUCCCUCUCUCGCGCGCCGCACCUCGCCUCUUUUCGUGCGCGCUCGGGCUCCGCGCAGUGUCCGCGCAACCCCUUGUUCCUGGAGACCGGCGCUACAUCGGUUAGAGAUGUCGGUGUAAAGGUGUGGUAAGGCGAGAAACCGACGGCGCGUUCCCACGGAGCGAUCAUGACCUCGCGACUCUGGAUGCUCGUGGGUGUGAUGACUGCGUGUUACCGGCUCGGCAGCCCUAGCAGAUACGGCUGUUUGUUUGACAGGAGUCUUUGUUCCACUGAGCAGCUCUGUUGGGAUGAUGAGUUGUUUGGGCAGUGCACUACCCAGCAGCAUGAGGGUUUCCGCUACAGGGUGACAUCUGUCGUCCUGGACAGACUCCAGUCUUUACUACAAAUACUGAUGAGUGAAGGGCUGAACUGGCAGGAUGAAGUGACCCAGUCUGUCAUUGACCAGGAACUCAGCAAAGUUGAGAAGGUUCCACUUCCACCUGCCUGGAAGAAAGCAUCCUCCUCUGAAUCUCUGAAAGCGCCAUAUUACACUGGAAAGGAAGAGGCACGAUCUGAUCGAGGGGCAGCAGACCAGAUUCAACCCAAACUGCAGCCAUACAUGGACUACAUGAUGGUGGAUUCUCCCCAGUCCUCUCACCUCAUGCAAAGACUCGAACCUUAUACUUAUCAAAAGUACGCUUACCAAGAUGAAGAAGGACGUUCUCUAAAUUUGGUGGAUGGAGACAUGUCCUCUAUUCAUUCCCGGGGGAGUGGACACCGUCCUCACCCUCUGAAUAAGGACACACAGCUGCUUCAGGAUCUGGUGUCUGUCCUCCUGUCCUCACCAGCACAGCCUACCUCCCACCACCAGGUGGCAACACCCCUCUCCACACCACCCUUUUUCCAGGGACUCAACUUCCCACUGGACUACAGCAAGGGCUACAUUUCCCAGGUCAUGAAGGUUAGCAGCCAGCAACACAAGAAGAAAACUCCCAAGGAGCAUGGGAAGAUUGCUGGGCUUGAUGGUUCUGUUCAGAAGAGUCUGAAUGACCUGCAGGGUGGCUUUGACCUGUCUCACCUGGACACUGAAGACAAGGGACAUCUCUUCGCUGUCCUGUCUCACCUGGACCCUGAAGACAUGAGGCGUCUCUUCAGUGUCCUGGAUCUGCUGCAGAGUGAACCUGCGAUGGCUCUCAGGCAGGGUUCACAAGCCCCACAGAAACUGGUGAAAAUGACUGAGGGAGCGACAACCCAAGCAGAGGACAAAACUCCCGUCUCCGGCAGGCCUGGACCCUCGCGGCCCCGUGUCAUCGCAGGCGGGGCCAGCGUGCUGGGUCCUGCAGCUCUGAUGAAACAGGACGAGGGGUGGAACAGAACCCCCAAACCCAUACCAGCAAAGAACCAAACCAAACAGAAGGACGAGUAUGAAUACCUCCUCACCAACCAGAGCGUGGUAGGGCCAACUCUCACACUUCGAGUUCACCCGAACAGUCAGAACCUGAGCACCACAGAAUUGGCAGAGAAGGCUGCAGCUGAGAAGACCUUUCUCGAGCAGGAGACAGGACUGGAUGUUCUCCAGACUGGGGUGGGAGAGAAAAGCGAUGGAUUGCCAGUGGCCAUACGUGUGCAGCACAGCACCGGAUGGGUGUUCUUCAUAUUUGUGGGCGUGGCCUGUGUGGGCGGGCUCCUAGUUGGCUCACUCACCAUAGCCUGCCUGCGAAGCCACGCCCACCAGCUUGCCUCCGGGAAGCUGGCCUUGGGUCCUGAGACAGGAAGCAGCACGCAGUCUGUGUAUCAGGAUCUCUGUCGCCAGCAUAUGGCUACUAAGUCCUCAGGCAAGCAGGAGAGUGGAGCAGGUGCUACAGGUGUGGGCGGAGUCAGGGGAGGGGCAGUGGGAGGGGCAGGGGGAGGAGUAGGGACAGACACGUCGCGAGUUAGCAGCGUGUCGUCUCAGUUCAGCGACGCCAACCAGCCAAGCCCCAGCUCACACAGCAGCACCCCCUCCUGGGGAGAGGAACCCGCACAGUCCAACAUGGACAUCUCCACUGGGCACAUGAUACUGGCAUACAUGGAGGAUCAUGUAAAGAAUAAGGACCGUUUGCUGAAGGAGUGGGAGGCGCUGUGCUCUUACCAGGCUGAGUUCAGCACGGUGCUGAUCGCUCAGAGCGAGGGCAACACCAAGAAGAACCGCUGCUCUCAAUCUGUGCCGUAUGAUCAUUCCCGGGUGAAACUGAAAGCCGAGGUUAACCCCUCGAGGGCUGAUUACAUCAAUGCGAGCACCAUAAUUGAGCAUGACCCCAGAAUGCCAGCAUACAUUGCCACCCAAGGACCACUCUCACACACCAUCUCUGACUUUUGGCAGAUGGUGUGGGAAAACGGCUGUACUGUGAUAGUGAUGAUGACUGCACUGGUUGAGGAUGGCGAGAAGCAGUGUGAUCGUUACUGGCCUGAUGAGGGCUCUUCCCUCUACCAUAUCUAUGAGGUGAACCUGGUGUCAGAGCACAUCUGGUGUAACGACUUCCUGGUACGCAGCUUUUAUGUGAAGAAUGUGCAGACGCAGGAGACGCGCACUCUCACUCAGUUCCACUUCCUGAGCUGGCCAGCGCAGGGCAUACCAACCUCCACCCGCCCCCUGCUGGACUUCCGCAGGAAGGUGAAUAAAUGCUACCGUGGACGUUCCUGCCCCAUCAUUGUGCACUGCAGUGAUGGCACAGGCCGAACUGGAACAUACAUCCUGAUUGACAUGGUUCUAAAUCGCAUGACUAAAGGGGUAAAGGAAAUCGAUAUAGCUGCAACCCUGGAGCACAUCCGUGACCAGAGGCCGGGAAUGGUGUGCAGCAAGGACCAGUUUGAGUUUGCGCUGACUGCUGUAGCUGAAGAGGUGAAUGCCAUUCUGAAAGCUCUGCCGCAGUGAGACCAGCUGGACCACACACAGACACACACACACACACACACACAAACACAUACACACUACAGCCAUGCAUGAGAGAAACCAUGCUGCAUGAACCUGCCUGCCUAGACGACUCCAACACACACACACACACACACACACACACACACACACACACACACACACACACACACACAAACACAGAUGCACAUGUGCACACACAUACACACACACAUACACACACACACCAUGCAUGAGAGAAACCAUGCUGCAUGAACCUGCCUGCCUACAAUACUCCAACACACACACACACACACAUGUGCACACACACCAACUUGGGCUGCCUUCCUGAACCAUACACCGUCUAAUGUGGGCUUGGGUUGAAGUUUGCAGAGUCUCCACAUAUGCAGCUAAACUUCGUUAAGAAAAUCAGACCCAUUCCAGAUUCAUCAGGUUCCCCCUUUACCCUUGACCCUUGACGCUUUCCUGAGUUUAAAAAAUGAAAUGAGGUGAAGAGCAAUCCUCUGGCCUCGUGUUUACCAUUGGACAAGGUUCCGCCUCCCCUCUUGUUACCAUGGUGAUGGCAUUGUCUCCUUCCCACCUAAACAGUGCUCUGAGUGUUUUUCCCAGGCAGCAGAAGUUUAGGGAACACAUCUGAUCUGAGAUCUGUACAAACUCUGUGUCUCCAUCUCUCUCUCUUACUUGUGAUCAGUUUAUUGUUCUUUCCCUGUUGCAUAAUACUAUAAAAAUUACAUAAAAAUACGUUUAUAUAUAUAUAUAAGAUUUUGUAUUGUGUGAUUAAUAAAACCUUUGUGAAGUGAUGCAGCAGCAAACUGUGUACGUGAGUUUUAUAUUUUAUGCGUUUUACAUGUUUUAGAUGUUUUAUGUGUUUAAUGUGUUCCAGUGUAAUAAAGCAUGUGCACUUAA